AUGAUGCUCAAACCGCUUCUCCUUCUGCUCCUCGCUGAGGUUAUUGCGAGCCAAACUACCGUGAUGGAUAUGUUUCUCGGAGAAUUCGGUGGUGAUCGAAGCCCAGAAUACGUGGCUUCGGUUGUGGAUAAUAACGCCGUCGAGACCACUUACAGCGUCAACUGCCCACCCAAAGCCACAGAGGAACGCUCCAAUUCAUGCGACUUGGGCGCAGGCCUGACCGUCAUCGCCCAGCCCUAUACCACACAAGUCAUCAGGUCCUUCGAUUUCGAAACUGUCACUAACUAUGGAUCCAUGCUAUGUGCAUUCAACGAUCCGCCCAUCGUGACCUGCACCCGGUCCGUAACAUAUAAAGCCGUCACCCAGCGUGAUGCCUCGGGCUAUGGCGAGCAAUCGGCGACAUACACUAUGGUCACGAACGAUGUGGCUGAGCUCCGGGCCCCGGUCACCAUCACCGGGGGCUCAGUGACGCCUACAACGGACAUGGUCUACACUUUGCUCAGUUCCUCUCAUCCGACGGCUACCGUGACCUUGUCCCACACGGCGGGUAAUUCUACUUCCACUGCGAGCUCAAAGAACCAUAUCUCGUCGACCGAGGCUAGUGAGGCAUCUAGUGUUACUCAUAGCAGUACAUUGGAUGAUGCGGAGCAUGCGACUUCGACCCAUACAGUGUCUUCGUCGAGGAGUGAAGGGGUCGGGCCGCUUGUUACUGGUGAGGCUGUGGUGGUGGCAGGCGUCGCUGCUGUGGCGCUUGCUGGGGCUGUUAUCCUGUGAUUGUCUGUCUUUUAUUUGUGGAAUACGACUACAAAGGGGAUAUUUCUCUUGACAAAGUGGAUAUGCUUGAAGAGUAUUAUGAAGGCAU